AUGGCAUUGAAACUCAGAACAUCUUCUGACGCUCACUCAGCUGAACUCCCAUCUCCUGCCAACAUGACCUACAGCUGCUGUUCUGGAAACGUCGCCUCCCAGUCCCUUGGGGGCUACCUGCGCUACCCAAGCUCCUCCUGUGGCUCUUCCUCCCCCAGCAACCUGGUCUACCGCACUGACCUCUGCUCUCCCAGCACCUGCCAGCUGGGCUCCAACCUCUACAGCGGCUGUCAAGAGACCUCCUGUGAGCCCACCAGCUGCCAGACGUCCUGCGUGAUGUCCAGCCCCUGCCAGACGUCCUGCUCCCGCCCGAGGACUUCCACGUUCUGCGGUCCCUUCCAGACGACUUAUUCUGGGUCUGUGGGCUGUGGGUCCAGAAGCUGCUAUUCUCUGGGCUGUGGAUCCAGGGGCUUCAAACCCCUGGGUUAUGGAGUCUGUGGUUUCCCUUCCCUGAGCUAUGGAUCCAGUUUCUGCCGCCCAACCUACCUCUCCUCCAGGAGCUGUCAGUCAUCAUGUUACAGGCCAACCUAUAGAUCGGCCUUCUGUAGAUCAACUUAUUGA